AUGAGUUUACCGAAGCCACCAUCGCCUCUGACGGGGGCGUGCUCUGUCAUUCAUGACAACACACUUUAUGUUUAUACGCAAAAUGCGUUCAUGUCCCUACCAUUAGAGAAGGACGCAGAAUGGAAGAAGUUGGCGACUGGAGAGAAGGUCUCCGGCGGGGUUUGUGUUGGUACUGACUCUGGUCUCUUCGUCGUUGGUGGUACCGGCGGCUCAGACUCAUAUACCGGUCUGCAGAAGUUCACGUACGGGGACAAGAAGUGGUCGACCAUUACUCUCUCAAGCCCGAUCACGAAAAAUCUCCAACACCAUGGCGCGGCUUACCUCAAAAGCACCGACCGAAUCUUUGUCUACGCAGGCACGAAGGAUGGAAGUGAAACAGCAACGAGUGAGGGUUGGGUUAUUGGCGCUUCAGAGCCACACACCAUCCUCGCGGCAGGACCAACUGUAUCGGCUCUCAACCCUAUUCUUCUUCCCUGGUCCGACACCGAUGUUUGCUUUGUUGGCGGCAGCGACUCGAACACCGCCGUCUCCUGGUAUAACCCCGACGCCGGCUGGCGACUAUCCGGAACCACCCUUUCCGAGCCCAUCCCGAGUUCUAUGCGGGCUGUUCUUGUACCCGGUGACGAUGGAUCUAUCAGCCUCUACGUUUUUGAUCUUACCGCGAGCCCCAACAAGGUCCGCCGUCACCUGGUCUGGACCGCCGACAACCAACCCGUAACCCUCUCGGAGGCUUUGACGAAGCGCGAUGCAACCGGAAGCGACUGGCCAGCGUACAACGCAACAUUGGCACCGAAGGAAGCGCGCAGCAACGACUAUACAGUUGCCCAGGAUAGCAACGGGAAGAUCGUUUUCGUUGGCGGCAGUGACAAGCUGCCCGUCGCCAUGUUUGACGGAAAGGAAAACGCUUGGAUGGAUUCUGUUAAGGUCUUGGGCUCUGAGCCACAGAAGCUCCUGGCCGAAACGACCUCAUCCAAGACCUCCUCUGCUACUAAGACCUCUACCUCCACCAAGUCGACUUCCACCAAGUCAUCUUCGACCGUUUCCUCCACGAGCACGGAAUCAUUUACCACGGACUCAUCGACCUUUUUAACCUCAACUGCCACUGCGACAGACAGUUCGACUGCCUCUUGGACUCUCUCAGAGUCUAGCACCGCAUCCUCGACUGAUAUUGUCCCCGUCGGCGGCGCAACUAAGAGUGGUGAUUCUGGUCUUAGCUCCAGUGCUAUUUUGGGUAUCACACUGGGAACGAUUCUUGGAUUCCUGGCCGCGCUUAUUGUUAUCCUCCUGCUCUUGCGUCGUCGCAAGAAGACUCGCCAACCCUCACCAGAAGCUGCUCAUGCUCGACACAACUAUCCUCCUGAUGAGAAGGACCCGAUGGCAUUUGGUAAUGGCCAGCUUUCACCAAACUCUGCCCACUUCCGCGGUCACAACUCUCAGCUGUCUCAGGAGUCAUACUCAUCCAUGGCUAUCCUGAUGGGCCGUGCUGGAAAGAACAAGACCAGCAUCACCCGAAAGCCCAGCAGCGGCACUAACCGAAGCUCUGUUGGUUCCCUGCACAAGCAGCUGAAGGCUACAAUCAGCAAGCCCAUCCUUCAGGAAAUGCAACACCCCGUCCUGCAAGGUCAGGACACCAGAGGUGUUGCUUUCGACCCAACUGUUGCGGAACCUCGCCCUCGCAACGGACCUCUUGAGACGCAAGACGGCAUGCGAAGAAGCUCCGGCUGGAACCGAUACUGGUCAGGCGGCAGUGCCCUCCAGAUUCUCGGCUUCGGUGGUCCUAAGAGGAACACUGUCGGAUCCGAUAGCGAAUCUCACUACUCAGAUUCGAUUGCAGCCCGCAACCCCCGUGUUACGCAGGACUCUGCCACUGUACCCCCCUUGAACUUUGACUUCCGGCCUGAGAUGAACCGCGUCAACUCUGGAAGCCCUGUGGUGGCAGAAUACAGCAAGAUCCCCUUUAGAGAUGGAGUAGCUGGUAAGAUUGAGCGCCCCACCUCAAAGGCGUCCUCAGGCUACUCCAGUGGUAUCCCUGAGAGUAUCAACGAAACUUGGGAUCCCGACUAUAAGGCGAAGCCCUGGGGCACAGAUAGAGCGCCCAGCAGCGUCUAUAACCCGAGCUUCUACUUUGGAACACCUCUGUCGCCGAGUGUUCCUCCCCCUCCCCGCAACCCUCCAUCUGGUGUGAGCACACAACCUCAGCUCGCUAUGGCAUCGACAUCGUCAGAUAUGAGCUGGCUGAAUCUCGGUGACCGACGAGUCUAA